AUGUGUUGCAUGUUGUGGUCCUUGGAGAGUAUGGUGUUCCAUAGAAUCAAUCAUGUAGUUUUUGCAGCAGAAGAGGCAGAUAUUUUGGGAAUCAUGUCAAGACCUAUGGCUUGGCCUUCCUACAAAGCUCAUUUCUGGGAGCUGAAUCAGUUCUUGGUAAGGUUUUCAAAUUGGAAAGUGGAAGUAGUGUCACGAGCAGCCAAUAGAGGAGCAUUUCUCAUUGCUCAAAGUGCUUUGGAGGAUCAUUUUCAUCAAUCAUAUGUUGCAAGUAGUCAUCCCUUUUGGCUCCAUGGUUUAUUUGAGAAUGAGAAAAGUUCAGCCUCUAUGUAA